UAGACUCUCUCUCUCUAGUCUCAUUUCUUGGUAACCAAAAACCAAUUCACUAGCUAGCCUCAUUUUUCGGGAAAAAAAGAAUUAAUUCACUCCUUAGCCUCAUUUUUCAGAGGACGCCAUUGGAAUACUGUUCGAGCUCUGCGAGUUUGAAAAGGCUCUGACAGAAAACAGUAUAAUUGUAGUGUUUGAUUCAACCACAUGGAAGUCACAGAAGGUAUCAGUGCAGGAGUGAUUCUGAUUGGAGCUGAGACUCCAUCAAAUUUUCAUGUGGCGCCUAGAACGGUAAACCCAACCGAGGUGCCUGCAGCACCGGCAGUGGCUGCAAUGCCAGUGAGCAUGGGAAUGCCUGGAAUGGCUGAAAAGAAGAAGAGAGGUAGACCAAGAAAGUACGGACCAGAUGGGGCCCUUUCCAAAGCAUUGUUGCCAAUGCCAAUUUCUUCGUCGGUUCCUCCACCUACCGGUGACUUAGCCGGAAAGCAGAGUACACAACCUUCUGGUGACUUCUCAGCCAGAAAGCAGAGUACACCACCUACUGGUGACUUCUCGGCCAGAAAGAGUAGAGGGCGGCCAAAGGGUUCGGUGAACAAGAAACGACAUAGAGUUGAGUGGGAGAAUUCAAGUAAUAUUGGUGAAUGCUUCACACAUACUUCUGGUGCCAAUUUUACUCCUCACACGAUCAUUGUUAAUUCUGGUGAGGAUAUAACAAUGAAGAUUAUCUCAUUUUCUCAACAAGGGCCACGAGCUAUCUGCGUUAUUUCUGCUGUUGGUUCAAUUUCAAAUGUUACACUUCGACAGCCUCAUUCUUCUGGGGGUACUAUGACCUAUGAAGGAUGUUUUGAGAUUAUCUCACUACAAGGGUCAUUCACCCCAACAGAGGUUGAGGGAUCGAAAUUUGGUAGGGCUGGUGGCUUGACCAUAUCGUUGUCAGGCCCUGAUGGCUGUUUCUUAAGGGGCGCACUUGGAGGAAUACUUAUAGCUGCCACUCCUGUUCAGUUAAUCCUGGGCAGUUAUCUGCCAAGUAAUCAGAAUGAGCCAAAACCCAAAAAGCAGAAAUCUGAGACUAAGGCGACUACAGCUGCUCCAAGCUCUGCUGCUAAUGCUUCUAAUGUGAAGAAGCAGAAAAAUUCAGCAGCCCAAAAUCUGAAUUUUACUCCACCUUCUACAUUUGGAACGGAUAACUGGGCUGACAUGCAGCAGACAAUGCAAGACCCCGGGAAGUCCACCACUGACGUCAACACAUCUUUGCAUGGAGAAUAAUCUGAUGAACCUCACCAAUUUCCAUAUUUUUAGCCUUUCUCCUGUAUCUUCUGCAUUAUCAUCUAAGGCCAACACUGCAAAUAUGCAAAGACCAGAACAGAACACCAAAUGCACUUCAGAAAGCACUCCCUAAUAACAAAAAUGCUUGUUGUAACUCCGGGUAAGAUUCUUUCUGCUGUUGAUGGGAACGAAACCCCGACGAAGAUGCCAAUCCCAAUGCCAACAACUCCUUCAACUGCCUCGAGUUGCUGAAGGCAUCGAAUACUCUUACGAGAAGAGAGGAGCCGGUUUCAUCCUUGCUUAAACGCAUCCAAAGUCAGUGUUGCAACUUGGACUUGGCAACGAAUAUGAGCUAGUAUAUCAAUCUUCUUGCAGUUUCCUUCAAGUGACCAUUUUAAUUUUCAUGGCUUCUUUUUUACUCUUGUAUAACAUGCAAAUACUGUAAUAUUUCAAAAUAUUUUGUUAAUGCAAAAGAUCAUUAAUUGAGUCCCAGAAAACUCUGCUAAUGUGACCAGAGAUUAUGAAAGGUUAUGAUUCCAGAUGUGAGAGAUAUUGGUUUUUAGUUAUGGCUCAUCCGACGUGAUUGAUAUCCGGUUAC